UGAAAAACACACAGAAACAUUCCCGCAGGAUUCAAACGAAACUCACUUCUCCCCUGACGCGCAGACCGGAGGACGGGAAGGAAAUUUCAGCUCAGAAAUAGCUUAAUACAAACAUGGAUUGCAAGUUGGUAACCGCAACUGUCCACAUUUUCUUACUAUUGGGUCUCUGGGAAUGUGACGGACAGAGAGAGUGCGGGCGCCCGAUGGUUGGUGACCGCAUUGUGGGCGGGGCCGACUCGAAGGAGGGGGCGUGGCCCUGGCAGGUGGAUCUCCAGGAGAACGGGCACCACGUGUGUGGGGGGUCCCUGCUCGAUGACUACUGGGUGCUGUCUGCAGCCCACUGCUUCCCAAACCCUUCUGCAGUUUCAGGGUACCGGGUCUACAUGGGGCGCUACCAGCUGGACGGCAUGAACCAGCGCGAGCAGAGUCGUCGGAUCCGCAGGGCAGUGCUGCACCCUGCCUACCAGGACUCCCAGAGGGGUUCAGACAUCGCGCUGGUGCAGCUGGACUCCCCUGUGCCCCUCACGGACUACAUCCUGCCAGUCUGUCUGCCCGCCUCCGCGGUGCAGUUCCCAGAGGGCAUGGACUGCUGGGUGACAGGCUGGGGUGACGUGGGUGUGUCCGAGUCGCUGCCCCCUCCUGGCACGCUCCAGGAACUGCAGGUUCCUUUAAUCAGCCAGGCUUCGUGUGCCAAAAUGUACGGAGUGCCUACUGACCUGCACCCCACGACCAGCGACGUCCUGACUGACAUGAUCUGCGCCGGGUUUGAGGCUGGGAGCAAGGACUCCUGCCAGGGUGAUUCCGGGGGCCCCCUGGUCUGCUCCAUGAUUAACGGCUCUUGGGUUCAGGCUGGGAUCGUGUCCUGGGGGGACGGCUGCGCCCAUCCCAACCGGCCGGGGGUGUACACCUACCUGCCUGCCUACAGCGACUGGAUCAGUCGGACUGUACCAACUCUGCAGCUGUACGGGGGAGCGGAGGCCACACUUUCCUGCUCCCUGUCCAUCUGCAUCGCCUCUGCUUUCUCCCUGCUGAGAUAGAAGACCCCCAGAAUCCCUCAGGGCUGGGAAUCAGACUCCCGCUGCACAGCAGUGUGAUCCAGUCCUGGUUUCGCUAGGAGUUUAAUAAUCAGACACACCUGAGCUUGUUAGCUAGACACACUGGGGGCUGAUCAAGCUGGUAGUAAAACCUGGACUAGGUGAUGCUGCUGUGGAACAGGAGUCUUGUUUCUAUCACUGAAAUUGUCAAAUAUGGAGUUCUUCAGUGUUUGUUUGUUUGUGAGUGAAUCUUGUGAUAUUAGAGGCUGUUCACCCAGAACUUCAUAAACACUCAAUGGGAAACUCUGCACAGGGUGAAAAAAAAAAUAGAAAAAACUAGCAGCCCAGCGUUUGGGCUCUAGUGCCUUCAUCAGUGUUAUUGAAACUAA